GGAAGCACUGGAGAUUGUCUUUCACUACACUGCUGUAUAUCUUGAGGUUUCACCCAAGUAUAAGCUGUCACUGGCUAUUCAUAUGGCGGAGAUUCCCCCACAUUCAUCCCCUGACCCUGAAAGGAGAAGGAAGCACUAAGGGACAAGUACGGAUAAGAAGGACAGACAUCCGCCGGUGCUACUGAUAAGGGCCACCGUAUGACCGCCUGUUGGUUGCAAAAAGAAGACUCGAUCCGGGGAUCUACCAGUACAGCACGAUCCCGACUCAGACACCGAGGACAGCAACCACCAUAGGCAAGUGCAGCACGAAAAGGUCAGCGGGGCGAGCCUUUCAGGUUUGACGAAAGCCAGCCGCAGCAUAUUCGCGGAUCAUAGCGGCGGCGUUGAGGUUGCACGGCGCUGCAACACUGUGAGAACCUGGGCAGAAUAUUCCCAACGGAGGCACAAUGGACGGUGCCUUGAGCGAGAUUGGACCUCCAAAGCUUGAGACAUUGUGUGAAUGAGGCUUUGGCACAGGGGGGCUCGGGCCACAAAAACAAAAAGGGCCUGGCGCCCACCCACGCACCUACACCUCCGCACCGACACGUUCUGUUCACCAAUGCUCUCGCCGUGCUCAAGGGGCAUGUCACAACGGGUACCGGCCAGAGGAAGCUUGCGCCGUUUUCUAUCGAUAUCUUUUGAAGAAAUUGAGCGUCGCGAAAGACAUAACCGAACGACGAUAAAACACGAAACAAGCCUUCAAGCAAUAGACAGUGGUGAAAACACCUACACGAAUCAUUGUUGAGCGCCGCAUCUUCGAGGGCGUGCCUUGGUGCGUAUCGAUCCUCUGGGUCGGUAUAAGAGAACCUAGCGCGCGUGGCCAGGGUGUGGAAAAUUACGAGGUGAAGCGAGGAAAAGAGAAGAAAACAAGUUAUAAGAAAAAAAGAAAAGGAAAAGAAAAAGAUAAAAAAAAAAAAAAAGAAGAAGCAGGCUAGUGGCCUCGUGGGAAUUGCCGGGGUCUGAAUUAUAAACCCCCGUCCUGGUUCGGUCUCCAUUUCCCGCCAAACUGACGAGACCGCAAAAGGUCCCGUCUGCAUGUUCCUCGACCGGCAUCUCCCCAGAAUCCAUCCUAUUGGGGACCUUGUGGAGACGGUUCCGAAUCAGGCUGCUUUUGCCGGAAACUGCCUCCUCUCAAAAUCCAGCACCAUGGCAGCUGCGUCGUCGCACAAUAACAAUAACAAGCCAUCAUGCCCUCGAUCCCCCGUUGACCCAUCGACUGGCACUCCAUUAUUCGACGAGUCACCCGUCUCGUCGGCUACCUCUGCCAAACCGCAUGCGCCACAGCAACCGUAUCUUGGCGGCCUGACUAGCACGACUCCUUCUGCUACUGUACCAGGGACGACCCCGGCUUCAUCGGUUCCGGCUUCAGCACCUCGCCCUCCUUCACCACGAUCGCUGCCGCAGCCACCACAUCCACCGAGGAUCUCCACUCUGGCAUCAUCUUCGACAGAGAACCUUCUUGGCCACCAGGUCUCUCACCAGAACUCAUCAUUCCACUCAUACACGCCUGCCACCACAGCAACGCCCUUCACCAUGGGAGGCCGAGACUCCCUCCCGUCCAACGACUCAGUGUCUGGCACGCCGGGCCCUUCAUCCGGCCACCAGUUACCCUCGUCCAGUUCACAAGCCCAGAAGCGGGCAUAUCGCCAGAGGAGGAAAGAUCCAAGUUGCGACGCCUGCCGAGAGAGAAAGGUCAAGUGCGACGCGACCGACACUACCAGCUGCUCCGAAUGUUCAAGCCGCAAUGUCAAGUGCCAAUUCACCAAGGAGACGAACCGGCGCAUGUCUUCCAUUAAGCAGGUGCAGGAUCUCGAAAAGACGCUGGACAAGCUCAAGCGGGAGAACCUCAACCUUAAGCGGGCUUUGGAAACCCAGGGUCACGGUGUUCAUGGCCAUGUUAACCAUAGUCUAGGCCGUGGACAAGCUCACAUGCCCAUGGACCGCAUGGACAUUGACAGCGGUCCUGUUGUUGGCGGCAUGGGCAUUGAGCAGAUGCUUGCCCUUCUUCUUCCCGAGAUAGGCGCCGAACCGAAGCCGAAGAAGAGGCCUGUCCCGAUUCCCGCGCUUGCGCAAGCCCGGUCAAACAUCCGAAUCCCCGCAAAAGGAGUGUGGAAGCCGCCGGCGCAAUAUCGGCAUUCGCCAGCUGGUCCAUCCAUCUUUGACUACACACCGAGGCCCGAGUUGCCCUCGCAACAGACAACGGACCACCUGAUGCGCUGCUAUUACUCGUCCGCUCAUACCAUGACGCCCAUUAUACACUGGCCCACCUUCCGGCAAGAGGUGGAUAACUUGUACAGGCCAGGAGGACUAACACAGCAUGUGCCUACGUCGUUUUUGGCCAUGUUCUACGCCGUUCUUGCUGUAGGCGCUCUGUUUUCUCCAGAUCCGCACCGUUCUUACCGGGCAGCCGAGUGGAUCGAGGCCUCCAGGAAGCUUAUUGACCCUUGGGGUAACGACUUUGUGCUGGACCAUGCUCGAUCAUUGGUUUUCAUCAGCAUUGCCCUCAAUGAGCUCAACCUGAAGUCCGCGGCAUGGAACUGGCUCGGUAACGCAGUCAAGGUGGCCCAGGACAUUGGCCUGCACUCGGAUAUGGGUUCGUGGCCAUUGAUUGAAAAAGAGAUGCGGAAGCGUACCUGGUGGUCCAUCUACAUCCUUGACCGCAGUCUAAGCCUCGAGCUUGGGCGCCCCAUGUUGAUCGAUGAUGUCGACUGCGACGUGCCACUCCCCAUGGGCGUAGAUGACCACUUUAUACGCGACAACGGAAUGGUUGUUCCCAACGGCGCCGAACCCCUUACUCACUCGCUGCUCGCCAUCACACACGUUGUGCGAUCAUACACUGCCCUCGGCCGACUGCUUUCUUUGUCCGGGAAUGAAGGACCAAUGCUUCACAACCGCAACGAGUUCAUGAGUCCAGCAAUCCCGCCUGCUCGGCUCGCGACCUUUGAUCAAUACUUUGCAUCCUGCCUGCGUACCUUCCCUCCGGCGUGCGACCCUUCUUCUGGCUCCCCACUCGCCCCGGUACUGCUCAACCCGCUGAUCUACCUCCUACAUGCGCGACUCCUGCUUCAUCGCCAGAACCUUUCUCCGCAAUGCCCACCCGAUUCCCGUCUCCUGGCUGUGGAGCAGUGUACAAACAUUGCGUUGGAGACUGCUGCUUACCUAAAGCGUAUGACACCUACCCUUCCCGAGGGAGCCACAGCGCUCACGACCAUGCACAUCUUCAGGUGCGCCUUGUUCCUCCUGCUCAUCGGCCACUUGGACCAAGCUCUCGUGUGCAUACGGGAGCUGGCAGCGAUCAAUACCAACAGGGAGGUUGCCGUUCCCUGUGGACGUUACCUCUUGUUCUUUGUUGGCGUUGUAGGACAAAAGAGGAGCGACUAUCUCCAGAGGAUCAUGAUGACGGGGAGCCCAGAACCGGCGCCAGUGAGGUUGAGAAACGCUCUGGUAAGGGAUGAGGAGCUGAUUGCAUAUGUGAGCGCGGAUCUGCAGGCGCGGCCCGAUACAGCGUGGAUCUGGGCAGGCGGAGAGCAGGACCAUGCAGCAGCUGCAGCUGCGGCGGCGGCGGCUGGGCGUGUAGUGGGGAGCACCAGCGGCUCAAGCCAUGGAGGAGCCAACGGAUUGGGAACUCUUUUCAGCGAGGAAGCCAAGAUGGGCUUGUCGAAGGAGGAAAUCAACGAGUGGAACGUCAACAAGGGCUGGACGAGACUGGACGAAAUGGUGCGCGGAUUAGCUCAUCCGCUUGCGGUACCGUUAGCACAGGUACCAAUGGUGCCAUCGACUUCGAGCCAAACGCCAACUUCAGCUACCAGACCUACACACUCGUUGGCUUCAACACCCACAUCCGCCACUGCUCCUCCUCCCCCUUACUCACAAGGCCCGCCGCCACCAGUAACGGUCUCCGGGCCCCAUCCUCCUCCUCCUCCUCCCGUACACUAUAGCCAUCAUGCACCACCGCCACCGCCACCACCACCACCGCCGCCGCCGCCGUCAGCUCGAGGACGCCAAAUGCCACCAAUUCAACCCGGACCCAGCCCGCAACAACCGCCCCCGCCAGCAAGUUGGGGCCAUCCCACGAGCGGCCCGACCCUCCCUCCCCCGCAACAGGCCCGAUCUCCAUACAUCCCCCCGCAUGCGCACCACCCCCAGGGUCCUCCACCACCAGCACAACCCCCAACGCUCCCUAGCAUCUCACCAGCCGGUACUCCCCGUAUCAAGAGCGAACCCGGACUGCCAUCCCUACCACCCCUUGGAGGAGACAGAGAUGAUAAGCGACCUAUCGGCCUGGGAAUCGGUGGUGGUGGUGGUGGUGAAAGAGGACCGGCAAGUGCCAUAAGCCCCUCCAACAGGGCAGCGGUGCUUCAGAGCAGCGUAGGCGGUGGACAUGGAGCGGGCAGUCCCACGCUGAGCGUCAGCCGCAGCCCAAUAAGUGCGACGACGACGCCGACGACGGCCAUGAUGCCGAACGGAAUCUUGAAUCCGAUCGGUGGGAAGGAGAAUGCGAACCUGAAACCGCCGGCGAUUAAGAGUCAGAGUCAGGAGAGGAUAAGCAUUGCCAACAUCAUUUAGAGGGCAAUGAGUGGGUAUAUAUGAUGGGAGAGGUGGUGGUGCAUCGCAGCGCAUAGCAUGGCAUGGCACAUAUAAGCAUCGCAUUGCGUUUGCAAACAAACAGUUGCGGGCACACACCCUCUCUUUUCUUUAUUCUGUUCAAUUUCUGGUUAGUUUACGGUAGCGGCGGGUCAGGAUUGGGAGAAAAAGACAAACGCAACAAGAAUACUACACAUUCUGGGAAAAAGGGGGAAAGCACCUAGGUAUACACAAACGCUUAUAAGCCUCUUUAGAGGCUGACAGAAAGAAACACAAAGGGCUUCAAUCAACUUGGGUUUUACACAUGCAUGGUAAAAGGGGUACGGGGAAUAGUUUUCUUUGGACAGGAAGGUCGGUGGUUUGGACAAGACGGGGGCGGCUGUCUUGACGGGAUAUAUAGGUAGUUUGGAUGGAAACGGCUACUCGGAGACAGGCAAAGUGACACCAUUUUCUUGUUGGUGUUUACGCGAUUUUGGUUACACUUUCUUUUAUCUUUGUCAUAUUUUAUCUUCAUAUUCGGAUUUCAUGGUUGCCUUUCUUGGUGUACGCUUUGUAGUACAUCAUGAAUGAGAGAGAUGGACAGUGGGCAUGGAUGGUUUUACUAUGUUUGUUGAUAUACUGGGGAUGAGAGAAGACUAGUGAAGGGCGAGGCUGGAAGAGGUUGGUCAAGCCUCUCCUCGCCUUGGGAAUUGCGUUGAAAGGGCGCAAGUUCUGAAGAAUCAAACAAGCAAGCAGCUGAAGCUGUGUUAUUGAUGCUGAGACAUAUUCUGUC